CAGUUUCCGGGGGACAGGAAGUGCAGCAGGCCUGGGAAGGGAUUGAAGUUGCAGUCGCAAGUGCGUUCCCUUCAGGAGAAUGACUAGUGAAGCAGAAACUGUUCUCAAGUAUGAGGAAAUGUUUGCUCAUCGAUUCACUACAGCUGACAAAGAGUAUCAGGAUGUGUUGAAGUCACCACCUGAUCCACCACCGAUUGUAGAGGACUGGAAAAUCCGAACUGGUGGUAACCGCAGAUCACGAGAUUUUCAACCAUACAGAAGACAGGAUGACAGUCGUAACUGGUCCAAUGAGCGUCAGUGGCGUGGGAGAGUCCAUGGGUACAGUCACUCUUCAGUUCAGCACCAGGGGCCAUAUGAAUCUUAUAGUCAAGGCUCUAAUUCACACUGGCAAUCCAACCACCAUCGCUACUGAAUCCAAGUUACAAAUCUGAUCACUCAGCUAUGUAAAGCACCACAGUAACUGACACCAGAUAGGGAAAUGGAUUCUAAUUUUAGAGAGGCCUCUUGUUUUCUUAUUUCUUGCUAUUAGUUGCAUUGGCAGUUUGGAGGGUUGCAGGGUUGUGCAUUGGAAGUUGAGCAUGUAGAUCUCACCCAGAACUAUCUAGACAUCUCUAGGAUAGUGGCUUUUGGGUAACUAAUCCUUGUAUAUCUGGUCGAAAUGUUUGCAUACCAUUGUCAGGGAGACAGUGAUCCCAUGCAGUUCCCCAUUUUAUCCCCCAGAUGAUAGUCAAGGUUUCUGCUGUUGCCCACUCUGAGGAGAGACACAAACAGAAGUUGCUGGAAAAGUACACUGUAGGUAAGCCAACAGGGUGUUUCUCUGGCUGUGGCUGGAGAAUGGUGUAAAGACAAAAUGGGGCAAAGAGAAUGAGCAUCUACAGGAUUUUAACAUGCAUUACUUUCUCUUCGUCUAUUUCACCUGUCAGUGCGAAGGAACUGACUCAGCUGAACCUGAUCUUUGAAUUAACAGAAUUUUCCUUGGGCAGGAUUCUGUGAUUAAGCAAGAGUGGGUAUCCUUCCAGUGUCAGUUUUCACUGAAUCCGUUACCUCACCACAGGGCCUAGUGGCUACCCCAAAGAAAGAUUAUCAGCUCCUUUGUACUUCACAGCUGUUCAGCCAGUGAUGUAGCACUGUAAGGAGAAACAGGUAGAGAGAAUCGAAUCCAAACAAGACUUAACUGUGUCCAAUAUGUAUAUUUUUGCAAUUGUAAUCAGAGACUGAAUGAAGUGAGAGGAAAAUACCUGGCUGUUUAAAAAAAAAUACAAACCCCUCUUCAAUUCAACUUUGACCUGAGUUACUUGUGUUGAAAAUUUAUUUGCUGUUUUUUGGUUUUUUACAGAAGUGUUUGAACAGUUUGGAACUCUGGGUAAUUUCUAGAUAUUUAAUUAUUAAAAUUACAAAACUUAUCAGUGAAAGCAAUUUAUACCAUGAGCCUGUGCACAUUUUGUGAAGGCUCCAUGGAGGGAAGGGAUUGUGUGUGUGUGUGUACAUACAAUGUGAUGCAUUACCCUUCAAACACUGGCUUCUAGUUUACUCCCUGCAACUACAAUUUUCUUACUUUUAAAUGGCGAGUGUCUAACUUAUUUUAGGAGUUUCUUUGUGUUGCAGACAGUGUGAUGUUGAUAUGUAAUGCUGAGCUUCGUACGCUGUGAUUGGUACAAGCGGGUCAGUGACUGUGAAAACACAAUAAUUACUCACUGAGAUUGACUUCUCAGGAGAUUUAAACAUCUUGAUGAGAUGUGCUCCAAAUAAUGAGGCGACACUUUGCUUCCCAACUAAAUGUGAGCAGAUGGUUGAGAUAUAGCAUAUGUUCACUAAUUCUUUCACUACCUAAUGGACAGUCACAUAGCAACCCUGGCACUCUUACAGUUCAACAUCUCAUUUUAUGGUCUGGCAUACUUCUUUGAAGCUGGUGUUUGAAUUCAGUGUCAUUUCUAGUUGGUUUUACUGACCGCUUUGCAUUUUACUCAAAGCAGUUUGUGAUUGAAGGCAGUUAUCGCUUUCUUUGACACAGCUGAGAAACUUUCUUUUUAAGUGUUAUUUUGAAGUUAUUUUUAAGGCAGGAGUGUGUUUUUCAUCCUUGACUGAAAUAAAACAAAGAACUGCAGAUGCUGAAUAUCUGAAACACGAACAGAAAUUGCUGGCAAAACGUAACGUUCUGGCAGUAUCUAUGGAGAGAAGAACAAUUAACAUUUUGAAACAAAAACAGAAGUUGCCGGAAAAUCUCAGCAGGCUGGCAGCAUCUAUGAAGAGAAACCAGAGUUAACGUUUUGAGUCUGAUGACCCUUCGUCAGAACAGCAUCUGCAGUUCUUUCAGUUUUUGGUUGAUGUUUUGAGUUCGGCUUCUCUUCAUCAGAACUCCUAAGCGUGGCUAUCACCAUAGGCUGGGACUUACAUUCGACUUGUGCUGGUUACUGUCUCAUUACACGCUGACCCUCCGAGACCUGACAGAGACACUGGAAGACUCGUCUACACUGAAUAAUCCCUUUUGAUUGUUUCCAGGUUAUCAAUAAUAUUUUUGUACUCCCGUGUGUUUCAAAUAUAACAAAAAAUACAAAUAAACAGAU